UCAUUUGCUUGCAUAGCGAAUUGUUGUUCGGGCGUUUCUUCUAGGUGUUUAUUUUUUAAUUUUAUUAAAUAGUAUUAAGUGAAAAAAUAGUUUAAACUAGAAAUAUUUAAAUCAAGAUUCCCUAUUUCACGUUUAUUUUCACUUAACCGGUCGUUUUUCAUUUCUUAACAGGAUUUUCAAUAUAAACAGAACCCCUCUGUUUAUUUGUGUUUUGAUUACAAGAAAGAAAAACAAACAAUUUUCAAACAUUUGUGACGAAAAAGAAGCGAAAAUGCCCCCAGUAGAAGUAGAAAAUCAAGCGGUUGAAGAACAAAUGAGGAACCUCACAUUGACAGGGCAUGUAGGGUUUGAUAGCCUUCCAGACCAGCUGGUUUCAAAGAGUGUCCAGAAUGGCUUUAUUUUUAAUAUUAUGUGUAUUGGCGAGACAGGUCUUGGAAAAUCCACCCUAAUGGACUCCCUCUUCAACACAAACUUUGAAUCCUCCCAAAGCCCUCAUACCCUACCCACGGUCAAGUUAAACGACCACACUUACGAACUUCAGGAGAGCAACGUCCGAUUGAAGCUUACGAUUGUUGACACGGUUGGUUACGGUGACCAGAUCAACAAAGAGGACAGCUUCAGGGCCAUAGUAAAGUACAUCGACGACCAGUUCGAAAACUACCUGCAAGAAGAACUGAAAAUCAAAAGGUCUUUGUCGACUUUUCACGACACAAGAGUCCAUGCUUGUUUGUACUUCAUUUGUCCAACCGGUCACGGUUUGAAAUCGAUCGAUUUAGUAUGCAUGAAAAAACUCGACCAGAAAGUCAACGUGAUCCCGAUAAUCGCCAAAGCGGACACCAUUUCCAAAUCGGAACUGCAAAAGUUCAAAUCGAAAAUUAUGGCCGAAUUGCAGAAUAACGGAGUGCAAAUCUACGAGUUUCCCGUUGAUGAUGACACGGUGUCUGAAGUGAACGGUUCAAUGAACUCCCUUAUACCGUUCGCUGUUAUUGGCAGCACUGAUUUCGUUAAAUAUGGCAACAAACUUGUUAGGGCUAGACAGUAUCCUUGGGGUACUGUCCAAGUAGAAAACGAAGCUCAUUGCGAUUUCGUUAAGCUUAGGGAAAUGCUUAUACGCACCAACAUGGAAGAUAUGAGAGAAAAGACGCAUAAUAAGCAUUACGAGCUAUAUAGGAAAAAGAGAUUGGAACAGAUGGGUUUCUCUGACGUGGACGCCAACAAUAAACCGAUCAGUUUCCAGGAAACUUUCGAAGUGAAACGCACCACUCAUCUUCAUGAGUUGCAGCAGAAAGAGGACGAGAUGAGGCAGAUGUUUGUGGUGAGAGUGAAAGAGAAGGAAGCUGAGCUAAAGGAUGCGGAGAAGGAGCUCCACGCGAAAUUCGACAAACUAAAAAAAGACCACACGGACGAAAAAAAGAAAAUCGAAGAGGCGAGAAAGAAACUGGAAGACGAGAUGGUCGAGUUCAACAGGAGAAAAUCCCAAUAUCAACAGAUGGGAUCCAGCAGCCAUCACACUCUAACUCUAGGAAAAAGUAAGAAGAAAUAAAUCAGUAACAAACAACAUUAUUAUUGUAUGAAUCAAACUUUUAUUAUCUAAAACACUAAUAUUGUCGUCAUAUACAUAACGCUCCUUUUGUGUGGUGUGGUCGCACUUUAACAUCAACUUACACCCCUCUUUUUCAAAUUUUAAUUUUAAACGAGAGAGAAAAAAAGGGUUAACAGACUCGAAUAGUGUGCGAAUAUCAAAAAUUCUAUGCCAAAAAUCUUUUAGUCGCCUAAAAGUUUGCUAGAAAGUAUAAUUUUGACUACUAACUAAAUGUGACAUAGCUAUUAUUGUGUAAGUGUCUUUAAUAUUAUUUUGUAUUAAGGCUAUUCUUUUUUUUACUUUUAUACAAGUUUUUAUAGUACAUUUUAAAUUAAUUAGGGGUGGUUUUGCGAGAUUAAUUUGCCACAUGAUCAUUAACUUUCUACAUAGAGCAUGAAAAGGAAAUAAUUUGUGAAAAAUUAGUCAUAUAUACGAGGGGGGUGGGUCCAUAAGAAGUGUCAAUAAUUUAACAGCAGAUUCGUUUUAAGUAAAAGACAAAAUGCAAGAUAUCGUAAAGUGGGGUGGCAUUGAUCAAUUUCUGUAUUUUUUGUAAGUGAGAAAAAAUACAAAACUUUGUCAAAUGAGCAUACAAAUUCUUACAGCAUAUUAAUUUUAAAAAUUUUAUUAAAAGACGUCUAAACAUGUUUUCUUAGUAUGUGUGUUUCAUACCCAAAUCGAUCAAUCUAAAAAAAUUUAAAGAAUAUAAUUCUUUACAUUUUGCGAAAACAUGAUAAGGCACACGACAACAAAAUCAAAGUGAAGAUUUUUUCUCCCUGUCUCGGUUUUCAAAUUUGUGUUUGUUGGCAGCACUGAAAAUUCUUCCGUAUACACAGAACCUUAAUGCGCAUUACAGCGAGAUCACCAAAAAUAUUUAAAACGUUUUAAAAUAAUGCGAAUUAGGAACGGUAAAACGGUUUACGGGUGUCUACACAUGCGUUUUAUUUUAAUUCGCAUUUCGCUAAUGCGCAUUAACGGUUGUGUGUAAACAUGUUAAUUGAUAAAUUUAUUAAAUACUGUGACUGUGAUCUUUAUUAAGCCAAGCAGAUGAAACCAGCAGAGAGAAUGACCCAAUAAAGACAAGAUGACGCAUUUACUUUUUUUUCGCGAGAAUGGACUCUGAUCUCUUGUACGGGGUGUUCCAGAUUCGAGUCUCACCCUUGGGAUCUCGUAAACUAGAAGAGAUACGAGGUCAGUUAAAUUGAGACAAAGUUGCGCAAUUUGGUGCCCAUUAAAACGCCCUUUUAAAAUUUCAAAAAUUCCGAAUAAUUCCGAAGAUAUUUGGAAAAAACCAAAAAUUCUCGAUCUCAAUUUUAUUUUUUUACGAAUCUAUUUGAAUAGAUAUAACAAAAUAAAUUAUUCAUUAUUCAAAAUUUUAAUAAUGUUCUUAGUCUAAAAAUCCUGUACUUUUCUUAUGUCAGAUCAAUAUUGGAAUAUGCAUCCCAAGUUUGGUCACCAUAUUAUACAAAUCAUAUUCAUGAACUUGAAAAUAUUCAACGAAAAUUUCUCAAAUAUCUUUGGUACAAGAGUGACGGAGUGUACCCAGAAAUUGGUUUCCCACAUCAGCGUUUAUUGGAAAGAUUUUCGUUUGCUUUGCUGGAGGAUCGGCGAAAAUCCGCUGAUUUGCAAUUUUUAUUUAAGUUGGUAAAUAAUAUUAUUGAUUCACCAGAUCUAUUGCAGCAACUAAAUUUUCAUGUGCCUCGCAUAUCAGCAAGGAAUACAUCAACUUUUUACCUAUCAAGACCUAGAACCAACAUUUGUAAAUUUUCUCCUCUGCGCAGAGCAUGUAACAUACAUGACUCUGUUCUGGAUCAGUGUGACAUCUUUAAUUGCAGUUUGUCGGAAAUUAAAAGAGUACACUUUUCCUAAAUGUUUUACUUUUAAUUUACUUUGUCUAUAUUUCUUUUAAUACCAUUUGCUUGUAAUUAUUGAUAAUAUUGUAUUCUUUUUAAUUUUCUUAAGAUACCUAUGUUUUGUAAUUUAUUGUUGUAAUUUUCCCACUCAUUAAUUGGAAUUUAUUCUGUGGAGUGGUGUAAAUAAAUAAAUAAAUAAAUAAAUUAUCAUUGCUACUUUAUCUAUUUUACAAAAUGGUGUCGUCAGAUUUUCAAACCGAUGUUUCGUAUUUGAGCUAUCAUCAUCGAGUUUGUUUUUUUAAAUACGGCCCUGGAUUUUUUAUUAAGGAUUUUAAGAGCCUCUUAUGUUCCUAAACCAAUGAUGUAUCGCACUUAUUCAACAAUUUUAUAUUAAUGGAUAUUUCCAUAAGGACUCGUGUGUUAAAGACAAAAAAUAUAUUUUUAAUAGGAUUAAAAACCUUUUCUUUCAAUAACAACAAAAAAAAAGGUUAAUAUAUAAUACGAUAUUUAAAGUAGAAUUCUUUAAAUCUUAGGCCCUGAAAUAAAUAUGUAGACAUUUUAGCAAUUAUUUAUCAAAGUGGCGGUGCGUCGGUUAAAACUAUUAAAUAUUUUUCUGUUCGUUCCCUAAUUGUUAAUGCGUAUUUAACCAAAAUGCCUUUUUCUUUUGAAGAAAAAAAGUAACAUGAUAAGGAUUUAUUAUAUGUCGUAUCGAAUUUCAAAAGUGGCUUGUGAGCGCUAUUUGUUGGAAUAUUCAGAAAGAAGACAGCCGCAUUAGCAUUUAGCUCAAUACGGAAGUUUUGUUAAACCAAGGAUUAAAUAUGGAAGAUGAGUCGAUCCCGAAGAGGAACAAAUUAUCUUAGACACUGUAAGUUUUAAAACCAUUGCAGAGUAGAAAGUAAAAUGAAUAAUUUUAAAUUAUUUUUAAGAUACAUAAUAAUCCUCGAGCUUCAUCUCAAACGAAGUGUGGCACUACCGCGAAUGACAGUUUGGAAAAAUUUAGAUAAUCGUGGAUAUAAACCUUACAAAAUUGAUAUUAGUCAAAGACCUGGUGAUGCUGAAAGACGCUUAGAAUUUUGUUACUGGUUGCCAGAUAAAAUUAAUGAAGAUGCCGACUUCAAACAAAUUUCAACAAAUGGCCUAUUUAAUAGUCAUAACGACUAUUGGUCAAUAGAAAACCCAAGGCAGAAUCAAGAUAUACAGACCUCAGGGACGACAAUCAUUUAAUGUAUGGGUCGGUAUGUGGCACAAUAAAAUUAUCGGCCAGUUUUUUCCUGAAGAAAAUCUGACUUCCGAAAGAUAUACAGAAUUAAUAAGGACCAAUAUAAUGGAUUCCUUAAUGGAAGAACCUUUGGAUGUAUUACGUCAACUAUGGUGGCAACAGGACGGUGCACCACCCCAUAAUGGACGAUGCGUCACCAAUUUAUUAAAUGAAUUGUUCCCUAACAAAUGGGUUGGAAACCAAGGACCCGUACGUUGGCCCGCUAGAAGCCCCGACCUAAACCCUUUAGAUUACUUUCUUUGGGGAUUUCUUCAAAACCGUCUUUAUCAAAAUACGCCACAUCUUGAAGCCUUACGUCAAGACCUAACAAGGGAGAUCACGGCUAUUCCCGCAAGAACUAUUCAGCGUGCGAUCCAUAAAAUUCAGACUGACACGAAAAUGCAUCCAAGCAGGCGGAUUACUAUUUGAAUAUUUGCAUAAUUGUAUUAUUUUUGAACCUCUUUUUAUGUUAGUGUUUAAGCUUUUUUUAUUAAUGCGUUAUUAUAAAAAAAGGUGUUUGUUUUUAAUGUCUUAAAUAUGUUUUUUGUCUCUCUCUUUAACACGAAAGUGCGAUACAUCGUUGGUUUAAGAACAUAAGGGCCUCUUAAAAUCCCUAAUAAAAAAUCCAGGGCCGUAUUUAAAAACACAAACUUGAUGAUGCAGCUCAAAUACGAAACGACGGUUCGAAAAUCUGACGACACCAUUUUGUAAAAUAGAGAAAGUAGCAAUGAGAAUGAGUAAUUUAUUUUGUUAUAUUUAUUCAAAUAGAGUCGCAAAAAAAUAAAAAUGAAAUCGCGCUUUAUUCGGUUUUUUCCAAAUAUCUUCGGAAGUGUUCGAAAUUUUUAAAAUUUCAAAAGGGCGUUUUAAUGGGCACCAAAUUGCACAACUUUGCCUCAAUUUAACCGACCUCGUAUCUCUUCUAGUUUACUAGGUCCCAAUGGUGAGGAUCGAGUUUGGGACACCCUGUACUCUUCAUAUCUUUUGGUAUGCCUGACUGUGUUUCAUCUUAUAAUUUGUCAAAAUAGCCUUACGUGCCGGGUGCGGGUCUAAAAAAAAACACAUCAAGUCGUUGACAAAUGUGUGUCGAAGAUGGCACAAGGCAUACAAAUGCGACUUCAUUGAAAAGAGAUGCUAGGUUAUGACCAAUCAGGACCUUUUUGCCUUCCAGUCUUCUAGCAUCAGGUAAAAAGAUGCUUUUAAACUAGUUCAGAAAGGUGCUUGAAUUCCAACUAUGUGUUGAGCUAUGUAUGUAUUACAACCAAGUUAGCCGUUUGGUCCAUUUUGUCGCCAUCUGUUGUAAAAAUGUUCUCUUCAGAUCUUUUCCAAGUACUUUACGCCACGCCUGUAGCUGCCUUUUCCUUUUCUUGGUUCAUUCUGACAUUGAUCUCAUUUUAGUUAAAUAUGUUUUGGGUACGUCUUUUUAGGUAUAUUUUAGAUUGUCGAAAUAUUUGCUGAUAAUAAGUAUCUUGACUGACACUUCCUCAGGCCUUGUUUAUGUUUGCUGAGACACGUUAUGCAACGCUAGUAUUGUGCCGUUUUAAUACUCCUAACCCCAUCUUUGCCUGCCAAGUUUUGAAAAUGUUUACUACUUUUCUACCACGUUGAUCUAAAAACGGAUUUCGCUAACAUUCUUAAUUAUUAUUGUAAGUUUCGUCUCCCUUAAAUUAACUGCUUUGCCAAUGGCAGGAUUCGUCGGAACUUAGGAGUAGCAAUAAAACACUAUUAGUUUAGUGCGACGUUUCUCCGGUUUAAUUCUAACUUCUUCAGGCACUGAAAUAAAGACAUGGAUUUAUGUAACAAAAUAGGGAGAAAUCCCUUUCCUUAAAAUAGGCAAGAAUUAACAGUCUUUGUUCAAACAUAAAUACAAAAAAGACAACGCAGUUAAAAGAAUUAGAAACUUACUAACAAAAAACAUAGAGUUCAUAAACAAAAACGAAAAAAAAGAACUAUCAGCUAGUUCACUUCAUUAGUUACUUCUUUAAUAGAUGAGAAGAUUUGAAAGAAAACAAAAUAGUUUAAAAAAAACUAAUUAAUUACCUUCACAAUCAGUGUUAAUCCAAAAACACGUAAGAAUGAAGUAAUGUAUGAGAAUGAAUAAGAAAAAACAUGAGAUACUUCACUAAUUUUCGAACUUGAAUAACAUUUACUUACAAAUACACUGAUCAAUUAAUUACAAUAAUUUGACAAAACGCACUUUUGCUUGGUGUUACCGCAAACUGAUAAAAGAGAAUACCUAUAUCUACGCUAUGGUCACAGAUAUGCGCUAGUCAAAGAAAAAAAACAAAGCAAAAAUAAACAAUGUAAAAAAAACCACGGACUCAAUAUGUAUUUAAAUGCUUGCUUUUGUAGAUAUGACUUAGUAGGCUCAAGAAGUCCGUUCUUAAAUUUACACUAUCUUGACGUAAAUAGAUGUAAAUCAUUUCGCUAAUAUUUCUUUUAGUGUUGAUAGUUUCCCGAUCCAAAAUACCGACAUUAUUAAAUUAAAAAAAAUUAUGUCCAGUGUCAAAGUGAUGUCAAGCUAAAACUGUUUUAUUGCUUUUUCUUGCAUGCUGAGUACGACAAUCGUUGGUGUGUCGUUUAACCCUUAAACCCGAAUACUGCCUAGUUUGUCCGACAUACGAUUUUCCGCAAGAACAUGGAACACGAUAGAUAACACCCGAUCGCUUAUCUAAUGGAAUUUUAUCUUUAAGCCUAGUAAACAAUGGGUUGGUGGAUUUUUACAUUGAAAAAGGCUAGCAUAGUUUCGGUAUUCUUAACCCUUUCGCGUCGAUUGGGACAUACUUAUCCCAUCAAAAAUUUGGUUUUGAAAAUGCGACUUUUUUUAUUUGUUAAACUUUAGUGUCUUUUAAUUUAUUUCUUUAUUAGUACCUACCGCAAUGACAAAAAUAGCUUAAGUUUAUUUUUUUAACGUAAGUAUAGUGUAGGCUAUAUAUGUCCCAGCCAUAUAUUUGUUUGGGUUUUAUAUGUCCCAAUAGUAAAAUAAACCAAGAUCAAGAAAAUCAUAUUAUUUAUUUUUUUCAAAGAAAUACAACAUUACCAGUAUGAUAGAUUUACCAAGUAUGUCAGAAACGGAGUAUCUCUGUUGUGAAGUUCCUUGAAGAUUUUCCAAGUAUUAACUGCUGUGGUUAACAAUAGCUUGUAAUAAACUUUUUUCCACCAUUUUAAUGACUUGCGGUCAAUGUCAUAUAGGCCUGUAAGUUGAUCGAACAGGUCUACGCCCCCCAUAAAGGAAUUAUAUGUGUGUAUUGCUUCGGGACAACUUAGUGUCAUUUUUUUACCAUCUUUACCAGUCCUUGCAACCUCAACUACAUGAUCAGUAUGACAGUUACUCAUGACCAUUACUUCUUUAGUAUCCAUCCAAUUGAAUGCUAUUGUACCAUAAUUAUUGCAAAGACACUGCAUGUCUCCUCUUUUCACUGUAUUUUUAUCAAAUUGCUCAAAUUUCGGCAUUUUCUUUCGAGUGGCUAUGCAAGUUCCAACUUGAGGAAAAGGUAAAGUGUUCAUUAAAUUUAUAGAAGUAAAAAACUGGUCAUAACAAAUAAGUACCUGGUUAUCUCUUAAAGUUUCUGUCAAUUUUUUUACAACUCGUUCAUUUAGGGUGCCAUCAAGGGUACCUGGUUCUCUUCCAGAAUAAAUAUUAAAAUCAUAAACAUAACCCGUAUUAGAGUCGCAGCGUUCCCAAAUUUGUAUGCCUCUUUUGAUUGGUUUUAAUGGUAAGGAUUGUUUUAAUGAUGACCUUUAAACUUUGUCAUAGACUCAUCUAUGGAUUGAAAUUUGCUUUCGGUUCUUGUUUUUGGGAACGUCGAUUUGAGGCACGCAACAAUAUCUUCAAUAUAAUAAGUUUUUACUGGCGUUAUUUGGCUUUUGUGGAUGGUUAAAAUACAGUUUACUAGCCAGAAGUCUAAAUCUAUCUCUAGAGAUAGCUUCUUUUAUAGCCUGGUUGCCCAAAGACUUAUGGGAAGCCCAAUAAUGCUGCAUUUGGGGCAAUUCAUUUUAUUUAUAAGCCAUUAUAAAAAAACUCCCUGUUAUAAUCAUUAUUUCGUGUGAAUCAGUUAGCAUUUGUUUCUUAUUUUGAACCUCUUCAAGAAUUUUUAGGCGCUCAUUGGUACACUGGGCAAUAUAAAUAUCCAGCUAUGUACUUCCACGAUUGACUGAGCUAUUAUUGUACAGUUGACCUUUUCUGGGACCUUAUACCGCGGUGAAAAAUUAUCAAUUUCUUUCCAGAUCACAAUUGAACUGUCAGCAGGAGAAGAGGCCGGAAUAUCAAGUUCGAUAUUUUCGUCCGAACUGUUAGAUGAAUCAGGGGAUUCAUAGGCACCAUCUGGAUUGAAAGAUGACGUUGAUGGUUCAUUAGAAUCAAUUUUCAUUAUCGCAAUUUUUUUGUUCUUGCGUUUUUUACUAACCUCAAGAAAAUCUGAAGCAUUACUGGAAUCCGUUCCUUCCUGCUCGUAUUCGGAUCCACUGCUCUUAAAAGGGUCUUCCUCUUCAUCUGAUGAUAAACCUGCUUCUGCUAAAGCCUCUAGUUCUUUUUGUGUUAAACGUUUCCUAAAAAAGAGUUUUAUAUAAAAAAUGCUGAUGGGACGAUAAUAAACCAAAGUAAAAGUCGGUAGGACAUAUGUGUCCCACAAGAAUUUCCUAAUUUACAUGUAAAAUAUAAACACUUAACUUUAACAAAUAAUUUUAAAAACUUACCUAGACAUAUUCGAAAAAAUAUCCGUAAUUAUUUUAAGCUGUAUAACACGAUGUUUUGCUAAAUUUGAAGCAAAAACAAUAGCUGUCGGUUAAAAGAUUGUACUACUACCUAUUCUAAAACAAUUGGCGGCGCUGCUUGAAUAUUUUGUUGACAAGCAUUGCUGAAUGCUGAUGGGACAGCAUUUCUGAAUACGUACAUUGCAUAAUGUACCAUCAGUAUUUUUUGAAAGUUGGAUAGGACAUAUAUGACCCAACAGUAAUUUCAGGCUAAUAAUUUACAAAAUAAAGUCGACGCGAAAGGGUUAAAAAAGCUACUAAUUUUAUUCGAUAAACCUUUAAUAAAAGGAAACUUAAAAUACAUGACAUUCUCCUUAUCAGUCGGUUCAGCAUCUCUCUUUGUAGAGUAUUUUCCAUAAAAUUUAGAUAUACAAGUGUUUAUAAAAGUGGUGGGACAAUUGUUUUUUCUAAGUAGUAAUUUAAUCUUGUUAAUUUUUUCAUUAUUAAUUGAUUCAUGACUUAAAUUAAACGAUCUAUGGAGUAGUCCCAUCACAAUUCCCAACUUAUUACCCAUGGGAUGGCUAGAGUAAAAAUGUAUAAUUCUUCCACUACUAGUUGGUUUUACGUACCAGUUGGUGCUUAUCGUGCCAUCCGUACUUCUAGUCGCGAUAAUCUCAAAGGUAAAUUGUAUUUUAUUAUGAUAGCUGUUAAAGUGGUGGAGAAUGUCAGGUAACUUAUCCUUAGGAAUUAUAAUAAAAGUAUCAUCAACACAAGAUUUAACGAAAGGUUGUUUGUUGUGUAAUUUUUCUAUAACAGAGAUAAUGCAAAAUACUAGGGGGGCGCAUUUUAAGAUUGAGUUUAAAAUUGCCAUUUCUUCAGUUUGGGAAAAUACAGAUUGACCUCCAGCCACUUUAACGUUGCGCCUAUGAAAUGUAUUAUUAAACAUUCCAAAUGGGAUUUUGUACUGCCGACUUGGGAUUCUCACCACUUAUUAAAGAGGAACGUUAUAAGAGAUAAGACGAGGGAUUUCUAACAAAAUAUGAAACUUGUCAACAGGUAUAUACAUAAAGUUUAUACAUAGGGUAAUUCGAGGAUAGAUGGUAGAAACAUAAAAUGGUAUGGUAGAAAAGGUGUUUUGGCCAAAAUGUCACUUUGUUUUGCAUACAACCACACCACAGUCGUGGCAAAAGUUCACAAACUUGGAGCAGGAAUCGUGAAACCAUUUGGAGCAACGCAAGCAAUUAACCCAGUCGUCAGAUUUUGUAGUUUGGGAAUAUAUUUCGCCACAACCGGUGCAAGCUUGGUCAUCGUUCAUAUCAUCUGAAGAGUCAUCCAUUGUCUGUGGCUCUAGAGCUUCGUCUGAGGAUGAGUCACUUUUGGCAGCUUUCUCAAUUUUCUUUUUGGUCACUUUUGGCUUCUUCAAAACUGGUUUUAAUUUACUGGUCUUUAUUUCUUUCUGUGUUUUUUUAGACGCUUUGUUCUUUUUUUCGCCAAUUCUUGUCUCUGUAGUUAAAAUUUCCGCCAGCUGCUUGCUCCUUUUGCGAACCGAAUUAAUGUUAGCGGAAACAACUGGAACGGGUGAGAUUAUAUCUAGCAUUUUUCCAGGGGUACUUUUGACGGGAGUGUUUGCAUUAGUUUCUGUAACCGAUUCAUUUUGUUUUUCUGGUACAGAAUCAUCUUCAGUCUGCCAACUGCAGCAAGGUUGUUGAUUAUCAUCAGAUAAAGCUUUGGUAAAACUUUGAGAACUGCCAUCUGGAAUUUUAUUUUCACCUGCAUCGGGAGCCUCAAGUACGAUACUAUUUUCAGUCAAAUAGGCGUCAUCUGGGAUAGCAGAAGGAUUAAAUGGCAUAAUUCCCGUAGCCUUGAAUGCCGAAGUUCCAUUAUUUGCAGUGUUGUUCCAUCCUUCAGCAAGUAACUUUCCAAAUUGGUAAUCUAGUGAGCUUUCGUCCUGGAUUAUUUUUAAUAUAUAAACUAUCUAAAAAAACAUCUAUCUAGUGGUUGUAAAAAUUGCGUCGUAUGACUUGGCAAGCAAAGCAGUAUGAUGUUGUGUUCAAUACAGUAUUCUAGCAUCUCAACGUAAUUGCAGUGUGAAACAUGACCAUCAAGCAGUAACAAAACUGUCCCUGUCGGCUUUCUCGGAACGAACUGAUCUUUGAGCCACUGAAAAAAAAUAUGUCACUGUUGACAUAAGCCGAUCUUUCUGACAUAUAAACCAAGGAUCCCGGAGGCAUCCCAUCCUUGAACUCUUGCUUUUUGUUUUUCCCUUUCAUGACGCAGGUUGGGGGAACAAAAACGCCAGAACAGGCUAUAACUGUAAUGGUGACUCCCUUUUCACCGGAGCUGAUACUUGCGAUGUUUUUAGAUCCUUUCUCAACAAUAACAUGCCCCGGCCUAUUAUUAAGUUGUAAACCCGUCUCAUCCAUUUUGUAGAUGUGUCCAGGUUUAUUCAUAAGAUCAUUCUCGGUCAUAGUAUUUUCUAGCAGCUGAAAGUAAGUCUCAACAUCUUUUUUGUUCAUACCCAAGGAUCGAUUAAUGGAGACCCCUUCUGCUUUUCUCACUGACAGCCUUGGGUUUCUCUGCAGAAAUACCUGCAGCCACGGAUAACAAGCUACUCUCAAUUCCUUAUUAAAAUUAUGUUUAAUACCCAGCUGUUCGGCCAAUCUAAAAGCCAUACUUCGCACAUCAGUUCGAGUAGGAGAAUCCAUUUUUUUGAAGUUUUAGGAUAUGUGUGGCCGCCUUUUUUUCAGCAGCUUCGCCCUUCGCCUAACGUGGAGGACGGUCCAAGAGGACCUUUCUUUAUAUUGUCUGCCAAUUUUCUUCUUCGUAGAGUGGUUGCCGGUACCCCAAAAUUACGAGCAGCCUCAUUAACUCCCAUUCUAUUUUCAUUAACGGCUUGAAUGGCGUCGGCUAACUGUUGUUCGGUCCAUCUAGCCCUGGAACAACUUCCAGUACGCUUGUAUUUGGUUUAUCAUUUAUCAAAUAUAUUGGUUUAUCAUUUAUCAAAAAUAAGUGAACCAUCUAUCCUCGUUGUGAGAGGAGAGAUGGCGCACCUCAAAAACUAAACACGUUUUGAAAUAUGCGCUAUGUUGAGGUUAUAUAACAAAACUUAAAUGUUUUUACUUACCUGACACGAUAUUGUGAAUCAAAUUAUUGUUAAAUUUAAAGCUCAAACACAUAUUUUUGCACUAUACGGAUCACGUAUAAAUUGAUAUUUAAGUAGACAUUUAACACAAACGGUGCGGUGGCAUGCCUGAUAUGAACUGAAGUACCUCAGAGCACAGCCGCUCGCCUUUAACGUUAGCGGUAAAACCAUUGCGCCAUCUCACCUUCUGCGCCAUCUAUCCUCGAAUUACCCUACCUUUCUGCCUCCGGACUUAAUCUCCUGAAAAACGACGUUACCUCACGCGAAUAGAUAACUAAGAAUGGAUGAUGCUCACAUGAUGACGCUCUUAUCAUGGUGCUCAAAUUCUGAUUUAUUAACUAACAUAAAACAUAAACUUAUAGAAGAAUAUAAAGUAAUGAUUAAUGUCACCUCCAGAUAUCAAAGUCACCCCACUUUACGGUACAAAGAAUUAUAACAAAAAUGCUAUUUAUGAUGAUUAUAGGAUUUUCCUGUAUAGUUUAUAAACAAUCAUGGGUAACUUCCAAAAAACACAUUAUCCUGAGUAAAUUUUUGAAAAUUUAGAUGUUAAUUUUAAAAAGUGAGACACUCUGUAUAUGGAUAUUUCAAUAGUAUCAUGAUAAGUGUGUAAUUUUAAUUUUUUUAGGGAAAAUCUAUUUCUAGUUUAUAUGGACGUUUCAUUACCUCGUGGUACAGGUAAUAAAUAAUAUUUUGAGGAUGACAAUAAAACUCGCUGAAACGUCGCUAUAAACACUAAAUAGACUUUUUCUUCACUCCACCCACCAGGCCUUAACUCUUCACUUAUUUUAUAACAAAUUAAUCUUUGCAAAACCCACCAUUAUUAGCUCAUCAAACUACAUAUAAUUUAUAGUUAGACUUAUCAUUAGUAAUAUAUUUACGCCACAUUUGGGCCAUAAAACAAUAAACUGAUGUGAUCAAAUGGGA